AUGGAAAAAUCACCAGAACAUAUCGCCCUCAGCGAGUACAGCAUCGCAGACAUAUCUUCUUCUGAAUCCAAGGACCUGGUCACCAGCAGGACUGAAAGCACCUUGUACAGUUCAUCAAGAAGCGAGUCUUUGUGGAACACCGUACACCGAAGUGCCUGGGACACUUACCAAAAACCAAUCAUUAUUAUGUCCAUUGGGGGAUCGGUCUUCCUUUUGGGGAUCAUAAUGACCACAAUGAACUUUGUCUAUUCAUAUGCGCCAGUCUCCAAGAACUUUGGACCUGUGGCUCUCUCCAUUGGACUGAUGGUUUUAGUUGUUGGUUUGGUAUGGGUGCCCAUCAUCAGGAAGAAAAGGAAACAAAGGUCAGCUUCACGGCUUUUCAACAAUUCACGUCAGUUUUUCUUUCACUUUUGA